AUGAAGCUUGGAUACUGGAAAAUUAGGGGAUUAGCUGAACCAAUGAGGAUGCUUCUUCGCUAUGCUGGCAUUGACUAUGAGGAAGUUGUUUACGAACCAGGGGAUGCUCCAAACUUUGAUAAAUCCGUGUGGUUUGAUGUCAAAUUCACCCUAGGACUAGACUUUCCAAACCUUCCGUACUUGAUAGAUGGUGAUGUGAAGCUCACUCAAUCAAUCUCUAUUCUUCAUUACCUCUCUGCUAAAACUGGACUGUUCCCAAAGGGGUCAAAUCCUGCUGAUAUAUCUCGUUAUGACAUGAUCGAUCAUGCUAUCGAAGACUUUGGAUCAUGCUUUUAUGGACUUUGCUAUGACACAACCCCUGAUAAUUUUAAGUCUAACAAAGUUGCUGUUGUUACACACGGAAAAGAGUUCAUGAAGCAGUUUUCCAGUGCUCUUGGAGAUAACAAGUAUUUUGCUGGAGACGACAUAACAGGGACUGAUUUCUGGAUGUUUGAGUCUAUUAACCGGUUUGUUAAGAUGGAACCCACAUUCAUUGAACAUGAUAAUCUGAAAAUGUUCAUGAAGAGAAUCAGAGGGUUGCCUGAGCUUAAGGAAUAUUUCAAUUCUCCUGAGUCGACCUACAACUGGCCACUCAACAGCAAAUAUGCUAUAAACACAUUUUAG